AUAGGAGCUGGCCAGCCUGGGCCACAUGGGCACUCUGGUCCCAGCACCAGCCGCUGACCAGCGCGUGUGUGUCUGCAGCCUGCUGCGGCAGUGUGUGGUGAUGGGGGCCACCCCCGCGGGCCGCCGCCUGCACAUGUCCUCCCGGAGGGCUGACAGCAGCAGAGCCUGGCUCACGCGCGUGCAUCGGCAGGCCUAUGCACGCCUCUAUCCUGUGCUCCUGGUCAAGCAGGACGGCUCCACCAUCCACAUCCGAUACCGGGAGCCUCGACGGAUGCUGGUGGAGAACAGGAAGCGUGAGCACAUCCCAGUGCCCUCCCUCCCUGCAGAUGCCUCUGGACUUGGAUGCCCUGUCCCCAGCGGAGAGGCGGGCGAGGUUCCGGAAACAGAAGGCCCAGCUCAGAGAGGAGGAGGAGCAGCCAGAGCUUGCUGAUGACUUUGACGUGGAGCGGUACAAGCGGUUUUGGACCAAAAAGUGACCGUGCCUGCAAGCUGCCCAGGCCUGGGACACUGUGGGGGACGUGUCUUUAAAUCAUGUGUUCAUGAAGC